AUGCUUGAAGAUGUUGGAUUAAUCCAACCCAGAACAAUGAUUAUUGCAAAUAAUGUUAUUACACCUAGUGUACCAGAUUAUUUAGAAUAUGUUCGAAAUAAUCCAAAUUAUACAUCAACAUUUUAUGAAGGAAAAAUUGAAAAUCGAGAAGAUUUAAAUAAUGGUAU